AUAUUGAAUAAGAGGCUCUCGGCCGGGACCACACUUUGCAGCCAUAAAUAGGGCAACAAUUCUCUCAAGUUCAAAUGGUUUUCAAAUCAAAAACAUUCAACUGAAUAUGUCUGAUACAAACUUGCAAAAAAAGCCAUCCAUCUUAAUUGCUGGACCAAAUGGAAGCGUGGGAAAACACGUUGUAAACGCAAUUAUACAGAAUAGAGAUCUGUUUUCACAACUUGCAAUUAUAACGAAAGAAGAUGGCCCAAAGUAUGAUCACUUGAGAAACAAAGGGUUUGAAAUUGUCCUUAAUGAAGAAGGCGUGAAACUUGAAGGAUUCGAUAUUUUUUUUAUUGCAUUGAGUUUUGAAGCAGUCCAAUUAGAGAUGGAAUUAAUUGAGUUGGCUAUCAAGUCUGGUAUCAAAACAAUUUACCCUUCAGAAUUUGGACUUGACAUUGACAGUAUUGAACUUACUCCUCUCAAUGAGCCAAGAAAAAAUAUUAGACAAUUCUUGAGACAAAAGCACAGUGAGGGAGUAGUUGAUUAUGUUUUUGUUGUUGCAAAUGCGUUUUUAGAUUGGGGACUUGAUUUUGGUUUUUGGGGAUAUGAUUUAACAAAGCACGAAGCAACUAUCUACAACGGCGGCAAUUAUGACAUCAGUUGGACUUUCAUUGAAGACCUUGGACAACUGAUUGUUAGAUCAUUUUUGGAUGAUAGCACAAGGAAUACGGUUCUUAAUCUUUCCACGAUCAGCGCUAGUCAAAAUGAUAUUUUGAGAGAGUUUGAAGUUCAAAUAGGCUCUACAUGGAAGCGUGUAGAUGUCAGCUCUGAUUCCUUGAGUGGUUCUGAGGAGCUUUUGGAAAAAGGUGACUUCUUUGGUGCGUUGCAAUUAGUCUUGCAUGCACUUUCUUUUAACAGAACCAUUAAUGAUAAAUUCAAUGGCUUGCCAGUAAAACGCUAUCCUAACUUGAAGCUUCAUACCUUACAAGAAGUUAUUACUUCAGUCUUGAGUUCUACUAAAAAAUAGUUGUUACUUUGUAAUGUAUAAAAAUAUAUAUUUUUCAAAU